GUUAUAAAUUUAAAAGUCAGUUAUUUCUUAAGAAUGCCUAACAGGUAUACACCGACUUGCGGCUGUAGCGUCUCAUUGAAAUCAUCGAACUCGCGUAAUGAUUUAUCGAGUUCAGCGGUGGACAAGUCUAAAUCAUUGAAUGGCAAUGAAGUUGAUGUGCGAUCGAGAAAAAAUGACAAAUCCAAAGGGCGAUAUCAAAUCAGUAGAGCAAGAACCGCUGACAGUGGCAGUAGUACAUUGAUUCCCCAGCAACCAAGACUUCCGAAGAAUAAUACAGAACACAAGAAGAGGUCCAAUUUCUCUAGGAGAAGCAGAAGCGCUGAGCGUUCCGAAUCCCAUUACGUCUACAUCGAUUCCGAUGAUUACUCAAGCAGAGAUGAGGUCCAAGUAGUUGCUUACGCUACAUCGCCAAUGAUUCAGGAAAGCAGUGCAAAUAUAACUCGAAAUUACAGUGCCCUUCCGGAAGUACCAUCCCGUAAUUGUCAACAAAUGUACGCAAUACCCUCGAUGACAUCACCCCCACCUACAUAUGACGUUGCAGUUGCCAAGUCCUGCCAGGCUGGACUUCCUCCUUCUUACGAAGACUAUUUGUGCCACAAGUAUGCAACACUCUCGCGAUCACACACACCACCACCACCUUGGUCAAUCUCAUCUUGCGAUCCAACAGCAAACAGCAAUGGACAUCACAUUUAUCAGUCCCAGACUGAGAUUGUUCGGGAUACGGGGAAUGGGUCAAAUCCCAACAUGAUCUUCAAGAAACACGUCAGACAACAGAGAUUACGAGCGAUCAGUCGCAGAUCGUCGAGUGAAAGUCGUGCUCAUCAACAGAGACUAGCAACGAUGUGCGAGGAUGGAGCAUUCUGCAUGGAAACCACUGUCAUUCAAUCGGCCUUCGAGGAUGGCGUUGCAUUCUGCAGUUUAAUGUAAAUAACAUCGAUAACCAGAGGCAUAGAACUCGAGUACAUUCAAGAAUUUCAGCUGAAAGCAUUAGGCAUUGAGAUAAUGUCACACAUUGGGAAUGCCGGGAUUGAAUCAGGAUAACCCGCAUUUUCGCGUAUAAGUCUGCCAAAUAUGUUCGUAAAAGACAAAUCCUAAUCAAACACUAGUGUAUCUGGUUGGUCCAGUGUAAACACCGGCUGGUCCAGUGUCGAAAUACGUGUAUAUUUGAACAUAACAUUUAGUCUCGUCAAUGUUAGCAUUCCGAUUCCAUGUCUAACUGAUGAAAUAUAUGAUACACGGAGGGAAUAAUAACCAAAAAAUCACCCCACUCGGUGCCGUAAAUGAAGCACAAAUGUCUUGACUGAAUUCUUGUUGAUGAAGAAAGUAAAAAUUCUCCUGAGAUGAAUAUUGAACAUCUAUUUAUCAUUUUCGGGUGGGGAAUUUUGUGGAAUUUUCACUUCGUGUGUAAUAUCAACAGAUUAGUCAUCUAUGAAACAUUUCGCAGGGUCCAAUAACUCAGCUCUGUCAGAUUGUUACUAGAUUGUAAAUCAUCUUCAAUCGAGAAGUGACUAUUUUUAAGGCGGUCAGAUAGUCUUAAAUGUCAUGCCCGUUCGGUACGCAGCGUUUUGCUUCUGUGGAAACAAACCAAUCUAGUCGAGAUGCAGAUGUUAUACCAGCACUCAGUUAUCCGAAUUUAGGAAAACAAAUCGAUCGGCCUCUAUUUGAAAUAAUAAACAUGUGAAGUUAGGAUCAGUCAUUGUGUGUAUCUUGAGCGAGCUACAUUAUGUAUAAUCAAUGUUCAUGUAAAGUUAAUGUAGCAGAAUAAAAAAAUCCACCCGUCCGGUUA